AUGCGGUCAACAAAUUAUGCAUCGGCCCGGCGCGCAGAAGACGACGGCCUCCCGCACAACGACCUCGGCCCCGAGCUGAAUGCUAUCUUCUGGCUCCUCACCAGCCUGUCGCUGGCUUUUGUGGGCCUGAGGAUAUAUUGCAAAUUGUCGAGGGGCCGGCGCCUCUGGUGGGACGACUACAUGCUCAUCGCGUCGUGGGUAUGUGUCUCGGCAUCGACGACGUCGGUCUGCGUCGCGCUCGACUACGGCAAACACGGCUACGACAUGCGGCCCGAGAACCUGCCAAAAAUGCCGUUCGUCGCCGUCUUCGCCGGCUUCUUCUCGGUGCUCGCCGCCACCCUGAGCAAGACAUCGUUCGCCCUGACGUUGCUGCGCCUGUCGGAGCGCUGGAUGAGGGUGGCCAUCUGGUUCAUCAUCGUCACCCUCAACGCCAUCAUGGGCACCGCCAUGCUGUUCAUGUGGAUCAAGUGCAAACCCGUCGCCCGCAUCUGGGACAAGAGCGUCGACGGGACGUGCAUCUCCGAGAAGAAAAUCAUCUACCUGUUUCAGUGGUCCGCCGGCUACUCGGGCGCCAUGGACGUCGUCCUGGCCCUCUUCCCCACUGUCAUACUGUGGAAAUGGACCAUGUCCAAGAGAGAUAAGUUUGGCGUCAUAAUAGCCAUGAGCAUGGGCAUCGUGGCUGGCAUUGCGUCGUUUGUCAAGUGCGCAAUGCUUCCGAAUCUCGCCGGAGACCCAAGUAGGUCUCCCGACACGGUCGCCGUGACCAUCUGGGGUAGCGCAGAGGGCGCGAUCACCAUCAUGGCCGCGUCGCUGCCCGUCCUGCGAGCCCUCAUCCGGGGCAACUCGGGCGCCGGCAGCGCGACGCCCGCGAGACUAUACGUUAAUGACGAGCGCCGCCUCACAGCGGGCAGAAGCUCCGAGACGCUGGAAAUGCCCCAGCUCUCGCCCUUCCCCAAGACCAUGGAGCUGAGGAGUAUCUCACCCCUGACGUUUAUGAAGGCGUAG